AUGCAUGCCAGCUGCAGCUUUCUCCCCGCCGAAGACUCCUCGGAGCGAGUUGCCCUGAUUCAUGGCAUAUUUAAAUCCAUUAAGUCAAUCACUCGCUUCGAAGAUAGGACUGCCGCCCUAGUGCAAGCACAGUGCUGGAGUGUACUCGAACUAUCGACCGACGGAGGCUUGAGAAAAUUGCAAAGGACCUGCGGGAUCCAGAGGCGUUUUUGGCGCAUAGUCAUUGACCAAAGUACGACACAGCCUGCAGACAGCAGGCAAGCCAUCACCGCCUUCGAUCAGGUACGCAUCCGCGACGGCCCCUCCUGUGUGGUGACAAAGACGCCCGGCGCCUCGCCCUGCUAUAUUGUCCCGCCCGAUGCCUUGAGUUCCAAUCCAAUGCUACCCAGAGCCUUAGGAAAGCUCUACCAUGUAUGGGAUUGGAAGAGGCUGUACCGCACCAGGGACAAAAUUCAGAACACUCUCAUUAGGCCAAGUAACAUACUUUGUCUAAGCAAAGAGCUCAAUUCGUUGUGGGACCAAGGUCUCUUUGCGCUAGAGCCACUGGACGACAUCAUUGACUUCGUCGUAUAUGAGAUGACCGAGGACGGUGGGGAGACAUCGCCAAGUACCGUAUACGGGGCCAGAUACCGCUUCCACUGGCUCCCACGUACCAGUCUUUUGGGGCCAGAGAGCAAGGUUGACCUUGCGUUGCAUCCCGACGAAAUUUUGGCCAAGCCUUCUACAAACGACACGACUCCCCGUCGCGUUCUAAGUCAAGUUUUCAAGAGGUUUUUGUCAUUCCCAGACAGUCGUCAGGGCGCGGAGAUCGAAAAUGGGCGGAUCGUCGACAUCUUCGCUGACAACAGAGCUCUUCUCCCCGACAGAGACCUCAUGCGAAUGCGAUUCGACGUCCUUAGGGUACACGCUCUGAACGGCGGUCGAGGGCCAGAGGUAUACCACAACUUGGUUGAUCCUGACGCCAAAGGAGAGGAUAAGCUUCUGCCGUGGGGAAGGUGA